GCUCGAGGCGGAGGGGGCGGUGCUGGGGGGCUGGUGUCACGGCUCAGCUGCCAGUUUGAAAAAAUGUCGGGAAGGAGGCGCAUCGGGGACCCGGAGUGUUUGACCAAAAGAAUUCCACAGAAUCCUAAAUAUCAACACAUAAAAUCUCGCCUUGACACAGGAAACAGCCUGACCAAAUACAUUGAGAAAUUGGAAGAGAUCAAGAGAAAUUACAGAUACAAAAAAGAUGAGCUAUUCAAGAGGCUGAAAGUGACAACUUUUGCCCAGCUGGUCAUCCAAGUUGCUUCUCUAUCGGAUGAAACAUUAGAAGUGUCAGCGGAGGAGAUCCAAAAGCUGGAAGAUGGUGAUACUGUUAUUUCAGAGACUGAUGCUGAGCUCACAGCUGGGACUAACGGGAAAGGAAGCCCCACGGAGAAGCCAGCCAGUCCAGUCCUGUUCAUAAACAACACGGGAGCAGGGGAAUCGUAUCGGUCUACUCUGCAGAGUGUGAUCAGUGGUGUCGGUGAGCUAGACAUAGACAAAAGCCUGCGGAAGAAACCUGAUGCUAAUGCUAAAGACACUAACGCUAAAGACAAACCUUACCCCGACUGCCCGUUCCUGCUGCUUGACGUACGAGAUCGAGAUGCGUAUGACCAAUGUCAUAUCGUUGGAGCUCACUCCUACCCUAUCGCAACGCUGUCUAGAACCAUGAACCCUUAUACGAAUAGCAUUCUGGAAUACAAAAAUGCUCAUGGGAAGAUUAUCAUCCUGUAUGAUGAUGACGAGAGACUAGCCAGCCAGGCUGCCACUACCAUGUGUGAGAGAGGCUUUGAGAACUUGUUCAUGUUAUCUGGAGGCCUGAAGGUCCUUGCACAGAAGGUGCCUGAAGGGCUGGUCACUGGCUCAUUCCCAGUGUCUUGCCAGUUGGCAACCUACACUGGAUCUGCCCGGAAGAGGGCCACCCCAAGAGAGACACCCGCACAUGCUGAGAAUAAAUGGAGAUUUACUGCAGAAGAUCUACAAAAGAUAGAAUACUACCUGGAAGAGGAGCAGAUCCCCUCAGAUACUGCCAGCCGUCUCAGCCGUGCUUCCUCAGGCCGAGAUUCCAAGGCGACGGCUGUACGGAGCACCCAGAACCUCCCCACCGCCAGCCCAGCUGGCUCCCUCGCCACCCGCUCCUUCAGCAGCAGCAGCCUCCAGAACAAGCCCUGGAAGUAAAGACAGUGUCUCUUUCACUUGAAUAAACGAAUGUCCCGGUUCUGGGAACCCCUGA